AUUUUUUUACUACGCUCACAAAGAUUAAUUUUGUUUUUUUAUUUGUAAAAUUAUUUAAAAUGGCUUUAUUUGAUAACAAUAAUAGUUUAGAUUCAAAUGCACUAGAUAAUGAACUGAAGCAAACCUACGAAUACUUAAAAGACAUUGAAGCCGAGCUUCUCGAGCAAAAAAAUGAAUUUAUCUCAUUACUCUCGAAGAAUCCCAUUGAAACAGUGUCACCGAACAUCAAGCCAGAUGAUAUUGAAGCAGAACAACUAAAAUUCGUGAAAGCUCUAGUGAACGAAGAACAGGACUUUGAUGACCGAAUAAGACCGAUCAAAAAUUCAGUAGACGUUUUUACGUCACUAGAUUCUGCAUUGCUCCAAGAAAUUUCGGAUAUCCAGACAAUAUUGGAUCAAACUAAAGUAAAAUUUCUAGAUGUCAAACAGAGUAUCAGCUCAUUGAUGAGCGAGAAAAAUAAUUUACAAAAAAUGAAAGAUAUGUGCUCAGAUGCUGUCGAAAAUGUUGAUGCUGAAACGAGUGAUAAAGAUAUCAGCAGAAUAAAAAGGUCUUUCUUGACUGUCAAAGCUGAUUUGGCUAAAGUUGUCGACAUCAUCUAUCCAGAGGACAAUUUUCAUGGAUUGCUAAAAAAUUUGGUGAAUGCAUAUUCAAAAGAAGGAGAUGAAAAAUACAUAGAUGUUGAAGACGUAUCCUUGGAUUGCGUUAAAUCAUUGAUCGAAGCGGAUAUUGCGAUGUACCACCGCAAUGACAGGAAUAAAAUUCGUCUAGUAGAUCUUAUUUAAGUUCAAAAAAGUAAAUUACAACUAAUCAGUAUUUUUUCUACUAUCAUUAAGGGCCAGUUUUUCAAUCCUGGAUAAAAUUUUAUCUUGAAUUGAAAAACUAAGUGUAUAAAUUAGG